UCGUUCCACAUGGCCUGCUUGAACCCCACGCAGCUCCAGAAGUUCCAGCAGGAUGGGUUCCUGGUGCUGGAAGGCUUCCUGUCUGCGGACGAGUGUGUGGCCAUGCAGCAGAGGAUUGGUGACAUAGUGGCCCAGAUGGAUGUCCCUCUGCACUGCCGCACAGAAUUUUCCACCCAGGGAGAGGAGCAGCUGCGAGCCCAGGGCAGCACAGACUAUUUCUUGAGCAGCGGGGACAAGAUUCGGUUCUUCUUUGAGAAAGGUGUUUUUGACAAGAAAGGAAAUUUCCUGGUCCCCCCAGAGAAAUCCAUCAACAAAAUUGGCCACGCUCUGCACGCCCAUGACCCUGUCUUCAAGUGUGUCACACACUCCCCCAAGAUGCAGGCCUUGGCCAGAAGUCUGGACCUCCAGAUGCCUGUGGUGGUGCAGAGCAUGUACAUCUUUAAGCAACCUCACCUUGGUGGCGAAGUCUCCCCUCACCAGGACGCCUCCUUCCUGCACACGGAGCCCCUGGGCCGGGUGCUGGGCGUGUGGAUCGCGCUGGAGGAUGCCACAGUGGAGAACAGCUGCCUCUGGUUCAUCCCUGGCUCCCACACCAGGGGAGUGUCCAGAAGGAUGGUCCGGGCCCCUGCAGGCUCGGUGCCUGCAACCAGCUUUCUGGGGUCAGACCCCACCUGGGAUAACAGCCUCUUUGUGCCCACGCCAGUGCAGCAAGGGGGCCUUGUCCUAAUCCACGGAGAGGUGGUGCACAAGAGCGAGCAAAACCUCUCCGGCCGCUCGCGCCAGGCCUACGCUUUCCACCUCAUGGAGGCCUCUGGCACCGUCUGGAGCCCAGAGAACUGGCUCCAGCCAACAGCUGAGCUGCCCUUUCCCCCACUGUACACCUAGAGGCUCCUGCAGGGCUGAGCACAGUCUGCUCCCAGGAAGCUGUGGGCUGCAGACACCAGCACCUGCAAUGGGGAAGUCACACCUCUCCUCCUGAGCUUUCCUUCUUCCAGUGUCUGUGCCCUUUGGUCCUGCAGAAGGGCCGGCAAGAGGUGGCAGCCAGGCAGGAGCCCUCCCCCACUCCCCAACACAACCUUCCCCUAGAGGCAGCCUCUCAGCUACAAACAGGGUCUGGCCACUUCUCGGCCAGCUUCUUACUUUCCUCUCUCAGAGAGAACUCUGUUACGGUGCAAGACAUUGAAUAAAAAUGACUUCCGAACGCA